CGUGAUUCCCUGUUGGCAAUCGCGAAGGUUGAUGAAAUUCAUUACCGUGGUCUGCGAUGCAGGAGAUAGCAACUGAAUUGAAUAGAGACAGAACUUGAUUAACCGCUCGACUUGUGAUACGAGACCGCAAAAAACGGUUCGCUCUCCAGCAUAAGACCUCACUCCAGCAAUCUAUAGCACAUUUCCUCCUCUCUCUCUCUCACUAUACCUAUGGAGUCGCGAGUUCUAUCACGAGCUACCACCUCCAUCCCCUCCUUGCCUCAGCUGCGGAGGCCUUUGCGGGAGAGCAAUGUUUCCAGCUCUGUCUCAAUGAGACCGAUCGGGGCUGUCGGUGAAGGCGGGAACCUCAUAUGGGGAAGGCAGCUCAGGCCAUCUCUGCUCCUGGAGAGCUCUCCAGCAGGAAAACGUGAGAUCCUUCGUCCGAGCUUGGCCGCUGCUUCAUCUCCAGCCGAGGGAAGCGAUUCCUCCGGGGACUCGAAGAUUGCUCCGGUGGGUUUUUUUGACAAAAAUCCGGCACUUGUCACCGGAUUUUUCUUCUUCAUGUGGUACUUCUUGAACGUGAUAUUUAACAUAUUAAACAAGAAGAUCUACAAUUACUUUCCUUAUCCAUACUUUGUUUCAGUGAUUCAUUUGUUCGUUGGAGUGGUGUACUGCUUGGUGAGCUGGGCCGUUGGUCUUCCGAAGCGUGCUCCCAUUGACUCAAACCUCUUGAAGCUGUUGAUACCUGUUGCACUGUGUCAUGCACUCGGUCAUGUGACCAGUAAUGUCUCAUUUGCAGCAGUUGCUGUCUCAUUCACCCACACAAUAAAAGCGCUUGAACCCUUCUUCAAUGCUGCUGCUUCUCAAUUUAUUCUAGGACAGUCAAUCCCCAUUGGUCUCUGGCUUUCACUUGCUCCUGUUGUUAUUGGUGUGUCCAUGGCAUCACUGACUGAGCUCUCAUUCAAUUGGACGGGCUUCAUUAGUGCUAUGAUUUCCAACAUCUCCUUCACUUACAGGAGUAUCUAUUCAAAGAAAGCUAUGACUGAUAUGGACAGCACAAACGUCUACGCUUACAUUUCCAUCAUUGCUCUCUUUGCUUGCAUUCCACCUGCCAUUAUUUUGGAGGGACCUCAACUAAUGAAGUACGGUUUUGCUGAUGCAAUUGCUAAAGUGGGUCUGACCAAGUUCAUAUCAGAUCUCUUUUGGGUAGGCAUGUUUUAUCACCUCUACAACCAGUUGGCCACCAACACUUUGGAGAGGGUUGCACCUCUUACACAUGCAGUUGGCAAUGUCCUGAAACGUGUCUUUGUGAUUGGAUUCUCAAUCGUGGUUUUUGGUAACAAGAUUUCAACACAAACUGGUAUCGGAACAUGCAUAGCAAUUGCUGGAGUUGCAAUCUACUCCUUCCUCAAGGCUAAGAUUGAAGAAGAGAAACGACAAAGGAAAGCAGCAUGAGAAGGAAAGAAGCGUCAAUGUGGAAGGAAACUUGUGCAUGUAAAGUGUUCUUCUAUUGUUCCAAAGAUAAAAAUGACGAAUGGCGUAGCUUAUUGUCAUUGUGAAGUUUCUUUUUGUUUUUCUCAUCAAAUUUCUUCAAUUCAUGUUUACUUAGAAUAAUGUAUAUUACUUGCUCUGUUUCUCAGAACAAGAUUAUAUGAGCAGAAGCUUUAGAAUGAAUUUAACAGAGUAAGUGACAAUAAAGUAUGUGAAUGGUAGAUUGCCACGAUCUGAUCACCGAAUAAGAUGACACAAUUAAAUCAA